GGCGGCGGCGUGUGUAUGGAGGCCUCGGCCCCCAGCCGGGCGCGGCGGGGCAGGCGGCAGGCCCGGGCCGCGGGCUUCCGGUUCCUCCGGGCCGCGGUCGUCCUCCUGCUCUCCGCCUUCGUAGUGCAGGCGCCCCCGGCAGUUGGAGAUUUGAUUCGAUUACCAAGAGGUUUUCAUUUGACCAAAGAUGUGCUGAAAAUAGUGGGAUCACCAAAUUAUCCAGUGAAAGUCUAUGUUAUGCUCCAUCAGAAGAGCCCGCACGUGCUGUGUGUGACCCAGCGGCUGCGGAACUCGGAGCUGAUAGACCCGCAGUUCCAGUGGCACGGGCCCAAGGGGAAGAUCGUCUCAGAAAACAGCAGCAUGCACAUCACCUCCACGGGCAGCCUGGUCUUCCAGGACUUCGAGGAGGGCCUGACCGGGGCCUACACGUGCUUCCUCGAGUACAAGCCCACGGUGGAGGAGGUGGUCAAGAACCUGCAGCUGAAGUAUCUUAUCUACGCGUAUCGUGAUCCUCGCUUUUAUUACCAGUUCACAGCUCGGUACCACGCAGCUCCUUGCAAUAGCGUCUAUAAUGUGUCUUUUGAGAAUAAACUUCUACAGAUUUUAAGCAAACUGGUUCAUGACCUUUCGUGUGAAGUUUCAUUACUGAAGUCUGAAUGCCAUCAUGUUAAAAUGCAAAAAGCUGGUUUUCAAAAUGAAUUGUUUUUUAAAUUUGCAGUUUCGUGCUUAGAUACUGAAAAAGAAGCCAAGCCGUGUGAGGACCAGAGCUGUGAAUAUUCCAAAAGGCUGUCCAAGGCUAAAAAUCUCAUAGAGAGAUUUUUCAAUCAACAAGUAACAGUUCUAGGCAGGCGUGCCGAGCCGCUGCCGGAGAUAUACUACAUUGAAGACACCCUCCAAAUGGUCUGGAUCAACCGCUGCUACCCGGGCUAUGGGAUCAACACCGUGAAGCACCCCAAGUGCCCCGAGUGCUGUGUGAUCUGCAGCCCCGGCUCCUACAACCCCAGCGACGGCACCCACUGCUUGCAGUGCAACAGCAGCCUGACGUUCGGGGCGAAGGCCUGCCUGUAG